AUGGUGGAAUGGCGCAUGCGGCGGGUGCCUUUUGGGACAUCGGCCAGUCCGUUCCUGCUAGCAGCGACUCUGGAGCAUCAUUUUCGUAAAGUCACCGGUGACUUAAAGGACACUGCAGACGUCUUGGGGUCUUCAUUCUACGUGGACGACUUGCUGACUGGAGCACAAAACUUGGAGUCAGCAGUGAAGCUUUACAACGACGCCAACGAGGUCAUGGAAACGGCCCACAUGCGUCUGCGGAAAUGGACGUCCAACUGUUCAGCGCUUGAAGGCAUUUUCAGACAUGAAGAGGAGAGCAGUACGAACAACAAUCCAGUUACAAAAGUGCUUGGAGUUGUUUGGGACAAAAGGAACGACACACUUGCGUGCAGCUUGGACUCAAUUGUUAAAUCGGUGCAUGUUGCAGGCACCAAGCGAAACGUACUCCAAGCAUCGGCUAGGAUUUACGACCCUCUUGGCUUUCUGCACCCUUUCACGGUUCGAGCAAGAAUGAUUUUUCAGGCCUUGUGGGUUGAGGAGGUUGGCUGGGAUGCGGAGAUGCCGAGAGACAAGCAGGACCAGUGGAGUCAAUUGUGCAGGGAACUACCGGAACUGGCUGAGGUCAUCGUGGAUCGCUGUAUGUUCCCCAGUGGUUGCAGAAACCCUCAACUCCAUAUCUUCUGCGACGCCAGCCCGAAGGGUUACGGUGCUGUAGCGUACCUCCGAGGGCAGAACGAAGACGGAUCGACGACUGCUACAUUUGUUCUCGCGAAGUCACGAGUAGCACCGCUUAAGCAGCUGACUCUGCCACGUCUAGAGCUGAUGGCGGCGUUAAUCGGCUCAAGAAUGAUGCACUACUUGAAAAGAAUUUUCAGCGGCAUUGAAUUUGAGUCCUUUAUGUGGUCCGACUCGAUGAUUGCCCUCUGGUGGAUCCGAAGACCGCCUACCGAAUGGAAACAGUUCGUAAGCAACCGUGUCGACGAAAUUCAACAAAAGACUGAUCGACGGAGAUGGAAGCAUUGUCCUGGAACAGAGAACCCCGCAGAUUAUCUAACCAGAGGUGUAACGGCAGAAACACUAAUUCGCAGCAACGUCUGGUGGCACGGACCCGAUUGGUUACUCCUCGAGCCAUCAAGCUGGCCAGACGACGACCUCGAGUGGGACACCAGAGCAGAUGACGAAAGGAACCGGAAAGCAAACGUCUUACACACUUCGGUUUCGUCAGGUCCACCGCCAAUUGAUACAGCCAAGUACAGCACUUAUCAACGACUGAUAAGGGUUACUGCGUGGAUCCUUCGUUUUCUGAACAACAUGCGGAAGCCGGAAAACCGACAAUCCGGUUGUUUGGUUGAUGAAGAAGUGAAAAGAGCGGAGAAAUUCUGGGUGCAGCAGGCCCAAGCGGAACACUAUGCGGAAGAAAUUGCUCAGCUUCAGACGGAUCAGACGGUAGCACCGGAAUCCAAACUCGCCGCGCUGCGACCCUACCUCGAUGACAGCGGGAUUAUUCGUUUGCAGACACGGCUACAGUACGGUUCAGAAGCAGAGGACGUGAAAUGCCCCGUCAUUCUUCCACGCGAACAUCACUUCACAAAGUUGGUCGUCGAUCAAGGUCACAGGAGGACCCUGCAUGGUGGACUACAGGAUACAUUAAACGACAUACGAGAGCGCUGGUGGAUUCCACAGGGCAGACAAAUAACAAAGAAAAUUAUAUUUCGAUGUGCCGCCUGCUCACGUCAUCGCCUGCAGGCGGCUUCAGCUCCGACCGCCCCAUUGCCACCUGAGAGGAUUGUUCGAAACCUACCGUUCGAGGUAGUGGGAGUGGAUUUCGCGGGUCCAGUAAUGGUGCGCUCCGGAAGUGGAACAUCGAAGUCAUACAUUGCUCUUUUUACGUGCGCUACCACGCGGGCAGUGCAUCUGGAACUUGUCUCGGGUCUCACUGCGAGGUCAUUUCUUUUGGCGUUCCGUCGUUUUAUCGCCCGUCGAGGACUUCCCACUACCGUGUACUCGGACAACGCACUCACCUUCAAAAAAAGGUCCCGUGAGAUUCAAAAGCUCCAAAGCAUCGUCGGGAAGAAUGAAGUACAGGACUAUUUCGCCAAUCAUAGAAUAAAGUGGAGGUUCAUAGCCGAGAAGGCAGCGUGGUGGGGUGGAUGGUGGGAGAGAUUGGUCCGCACCAUGAAGCAAUCUCUCCGAAAAGUCCUUGGGCGACAGUCCUUAACGUUCGAGGAAAUGAUGACCGUUUUACAAGACGCCGAGGCUUCGAUAAAUUCAAGACCUCUCACAUAUUUACAUGCAUCGCCGGAUGAACCAGCUGCGUUGACGCCUGCUCAUUUGUUGAUUGGCCGACGAUUGGUCGCACUUCCAAACGGUCAAGAUCAAGCACCGCCGCGGUCGACAGUGACAGAUCUUUCCCGACGAUGGCGAUAUCGGCAAAGAGUAUCAGACCAUUUCUGGAAACGAUGGCGCACGGAUUAUCUUCUUCACCUGAGGUCCGCCCAAAUCUCCAAGCCGGUGGGGUACCACACAUUGAAGCAGGGAGACCUGGCUCUUCUUCACGAGGAAAGGACACCACGUAACCUGUGGAAGACUGUGCGAAUAGUGACCCUCCACAAAGGGCGAGACGACAAGGUGCGAGCUUGUACCAUCAAAUUGCCAACUGGGAACAUCACAAGGCGGCCAGUGCAGCUACUGUAUCCCCUGGAGACUUUGGAGGAAUGA